GGAGAUGAGACGGAUAGAGGAGGGCGCGAGGAGAAGAGUGUGGGAGAGCGGAUGAGCGGAGAAGGCGGGCUUCUCGCGUCUCACUGCCUAUUGCGUGGCGGACGCUUUCAAGAUGAAACCGCUCGCAAGCUUUCUAAGCCGGAGCCCAAUGUUCGACUUCGCGUGUCUGACGAGGCAAUCUAUGUGGCUACGGUUCGCAAGCAGAAAUUCGUUCCUCUGCUCCUCCCUCUUCAGAAGCAGAGGACCCGUCCUCUGGAUUCUGCGAAGCAGAAGAAGACCCAUAUCAGGGCACGUACUUCAACAAUCCGGAGUCGAGCACGGCGCCUUCAUCAGCCGGCUACAUCAUCUUCUCAUCAUCCAUUCUCACCAGUGCAGACAUAUCAAUGCCGGAUGAAACCCUCGCAAGUCCAUCCGUGCAGCUGGAAAUGCACUUUCCAGAAGAAGACCGGACUGAUCGCAAGAACAAGAAGAAGCGCUCAAAGGACAUCGCGAACGAUGUGAACGCACGUGAAGGGGAAUAUGCUGAGACGGUCUUCUUAUACGGCGUUGCGGUGUUUUACGGUCUCUCGGAAGAGCAAGAGCGCGGCAUCCUGGAGGACGUGGAGCAUGCAGGUCUAAUGAGACGAAAGUUCGUCAAGGAUGACUGGGAGAUCGAGGAAUGCCAUUAUAUCCACGGUCCAAAUAUCGCGCAUCCUCGGAUCUUCGACGACUUUUUCAGCGUGCCUUACGCUCUCUUUUUUGCAUCACUGAUUAGCGAUUCGGCGACAGCAUUCAAGACUCGCCGUCACCUCCUCAAGCUGUCCGUCGCACAUGCCCUCGCUCAAUCAACGCUCCUCGCAUACUAUGAAACGCAUGCAGAGCGAUGAGAAUUACUCCUUGUGUAUUACAGAUCGUUCUGGACAGAACAG